AUGAAGUGGCUCAAUUGUAAUGCUUCCUCCUGCAAAGACCAGGUCACUUCUGGAUUGAUGCUUGUUUUGUCAUCAGUCUCAGUCAUGUUACUGACUGCAGCAAAGAGCAACAGGCUUCUCAGCGUGAUGAUUCUGUCCUCAUCGGUUCUGUUACUGUAUUUUGAUAAACUGUUUCUGCCGCUCCUCUCAGCUCUCUCUGCUUUAGCUCUUCUUGGGAAGAUGAUGAAACUUGGAUAUGAGCCCAGCAUUGUCACGCUUUCUCGCUUCUCAAUGGUUUCUGUCACGGGAAUAGGAUCUCUGAUGCAGUCUUUGCUUGAUCAAAUGGUGGAAAUGGGAUAUAAACCUGACAUAGUGGCGUUUACAACUCUAAUCCAUGGACUCUUUCUCCACAACAAAGUCUGA